AUCAUCGAACAGAUGGUGCUAUGCUUGGGCGAGAAUGACAGGCACCAGCCAGCAGCCAAUCGCGUAGUCAGGAAUCAGCUGACUCGUCCGGACAGCGCCAGGUGCUGUUUUCAUAUUUUCCUUGAAGGAGCAGUGGGCUACGGGCGAAGAGUAGAAUAUCGGCAGGCAACUAGUCAAUGUGGCUUCAGUUGGCGUUUGGAUGUCUCUGCAAUCUGCACUAUGCUCUGCUCGAAGGUUAACUUACCCGAGUUGCUGCUUGAAUCACAUGGAAUAGAGGAAGAUUAAUUGUACAUGAUCAUAUUUAAGGAAUCCGUUCAGGCUAUCUAUGUAUUUAUUGUAUGCAUUUGUUGGGGAUGUAGGCUGUUGACGCAUAGAGGUGAAGGCUAUUUGCAUAAACCUUACUGAUGUCCAAAGAAACUGGAUGCAACUGAGAAGAGAGGGGAUUGCAUGUCAACGAGACUCACCGUGCAGUCCUGAGGUUUUGAUGAAAGAAACACUCUGAACAGUGGGAGGCUCACUGUAACUCAGGGACUGUUUCACUGGAACCCCCUGCACAUCUUUUCCCACCUGGACCAUUUUACAGGGAUACAACUACAAGUCAGCAAAACCUCUGGUUAAUGACAAUAACACAGCUCCUGCCAAGGUCAUCAACCUUUUCUGGUGUCCAACCCUCUGUGGGUUUGGGCCGGUGAACACAGACAGACAGCAUGGCUAGAGGGAGAUUCAUCUACUGUCUACUAGGGCAGUUGUUGGCUGGCCUGAUUCUGGCAUCCGUUGGUCUAUCCUCCAUCCAGAGAGAUAAUGAGUGUCCCCAGCUGUGUGUGUGUGAGAUCCGACCCUGGUUCACCCCCCAAUCCACCUACAGAGAAGCCACGACGGUGGACUGUAACGACCUCCGUCUCACACGCAUUCCAGGCAACUUGUCCAGCGACACUCAGGUGCUCCUCCUGCAGAGCAAUUACAUCGCCAGAACCAGUGAAGAGCUGGAGCAGCUCUUCAACCUGACCGAGCUGGACCUGUCUCAGAACAACUUCAGCAGCAUCCACGAUGUGGGCCUCACCAACAUGUCCCAGCUCACCACACUGCACCUUGAGGAGAACCAGAUUACUGAAAUGCCUGACUACUGCCUACAGGACCUCAGCAACCUGCAAGAGCUCUACAUCAACCAUAACCAGAUCAACAUAAUCUCCCCAAACGCCCUCUCUGGUCUGCACAAUCUGCUCAGGCUCCAUCUCAACUCCAACAGGCUCAAGGCCAUUGACAGUCGCUGGUUUGAGUCAACGCCCAACCUUGAGAUCCUCAUGAUCGGGGAAAAUCCUGUUGUUGGCAUCCUGGACUUUAACUUCAAGCCGCUUGUAAACCUGAGGAGCUUGGUUCUGGCUGGAAUGGAUUUAACAGACGUCCCUGGAAAUGCCUUUGUGGGACUAGACAACCUAGAGAGUCUCUCCUUCUACGACAAUAAGCUAAUUAGAGUUCCUCAGAAUGCCCUUCAGAAACUACCUAACCUCAAGUUCUUGGACUUGAACAAAAACCCUGUGCACAAAAUCCAAGAGGGGGACUUUAAGAACAUGCUGAGGCUGAAAGAGCUGGGCAUAAACAACAUGGGGGAGCUGGUCUCCGUUGACCGCUUUGCCGUCGAUAACCUCCCUGAGCUUACCAAGCUGGAGGCUACUAAUAACCCCAAAUUUUCCUACGUGAACCGCCAGGCUUUCCGUGACGUCCCUGCCCUGGAGAGCCUCAUGUUGAACAACAAUGCCCUUAACGCCCUCUACCAGUCCACUGUGGACUCCCUGCCCAACUUGCGUGAGAUCAGCAUCCACAGCAACCCCCUGCGAUGUGACUGCGUCAUCCAGUGGAUGAGCUCCAACAAGACCAGCAUCCGCUUCAUGGAACCCCUCUCCAUGUUCUGUGCUCUUCCAGUCGAGGUCAGAGGCCAGCAUGUGAGGGAGUUGUUCCAGCAGGACUCAGCAGAGCAGUGCUUGCCCAUGAUCUCCCACGACAGCUUUCCCAACCACCUGAACCUGGACAUAGGCAUGACUGUGGACCUGGACUGCCGUGCCAUGUCCCAGCCUGAGCCAGAUAUCUACUGGGUCACACCUGUAGGGAACAAGGUGAUGGUGGAAACCCUGUCUGAUAAAUACAGCCUCAGUAGCGAGGGAACACUGCGUAUCUCUCAAAUCCAGGUCGAGGACUCUGGCAGGUAUACCUGUGUGGCUCAGAAUGCUGAGGGGGCGGACACUCGGGUGACUGCUAUUCGGGUGAAUGGUACUCUCUUAGACAGCACCCAGUUGAUGAAAGUGUACGUGAAGAAGACUGAGUCCCACUCCAUUCUGGUUUCCUGGAAGGUCAACUCCAACGUCAUGACCUCCAACCUCAAGUGGUCAUCUGCCACAAUGAAGAUAGACAACCCUCACAUUACCUACACAGCCAGGGUCCCAGUGGAUGUCCAUGAGUAUAACCUCACACACCUACAGCCCUCCACCGAGUAUGAGGUAUGUCUCACCGUCUCCAACAUCCACCAGCAGACACAGAAGUCCUGUGUCAAUGUCACAACGAAGCACGCUGCCUUCACUGUGGAGAUAUCUGACCAAGGCACUAACACCGCUCUCGCAGCGGUCAUGGGUACCAUAUUCGGCAUCAUCAGCCUGGCCUCUAUGGCUGUGUACAUUUCCAAGAGGUGGAAGAGGAAAAACUACAAUCACUCCCUGAAAAAGUACAUGCAGAAAACAUCUUCCAUCCCCCUCAAUGAACUCUACCCUCCCCUCAUCAACCUGUGGGAGGCGGACAGUGAGAAGGAGAAAGAGGUUUCCUCCUCAUCAGAGACCAAACCAGGCCAGGUGGACACAACACGGAGCUACUACAUGUGGUGAAAGCCACUACAUGUGGGGUAAACCAGAAAUAACAUAUUUUAGGAGCACAAAGUCACUUAUUUUGCUUCUUUGUGUGACAGUAAUAUGAAAUAUUUUUUUGCAGUUUUCUGCUUUGCUCAUUUGAGGCGAAGAACAGACAGAUAUUUCAGACUUUUUAGUAUAGUGUAUUGCCUUUCUCCUCUUGCCCCCUUUUUGACAGUCAAUAUGGCAGCUUUGUUUAGCUCCCAGGACUUGGUAGUCAUUGUGCUUUAUUUUGAGUACUUGUUUUGAUAUCAUAGCAUGGGUAUUGUCAUGGAUUCAGUCUGGAUCAACUUGCUGGAGCUGGAAUUGGAUCCAUUUUGAUUUCUUUCUCUGGAAGUAUUCUUAGAGAAUACAAUGUUUUUUUUCUCAUAAAACAGUUUAAGUGUUAACUGUUGUACAAUGCAAUAUAUAAACCAAUUUGUCUAUGGACUACAAUAUAAGCUGACAAAGUAAGUUUAGACUUGAUAUACUGUCUAUUGAAUAAUGUUAGCAAUUGUUCUGUAAUGUUGUAUCAACUAUCAUUUGAUUGACUUUUUUGACAUUAACAAACAGUACUUUUUUAUUAAGAACUUAAGUUUGCAGAGAAAAUACCAUAAACCAGCAAUAGAAAUAUGAAUGUUUAAUAACUAGGUAAGUAGACAUAAAGCUUUUUCAAAUUCUCAGAAUAUUAUUUUUGAUUUUGCUAGAAUCAUUCAACGAUCACUGAGUUUGUUGUGAUUUCAACACGCAAAUACUGUAUGUUGUAUAUUGAGGAGCAAGCAAAAAUAAAAUACUUUUUUCCUCAUAUUUUUA